AGAAAAAGAAAAACAAAAUCGAGGCCUUAUGAGAAAAAUGGCUGAUGAAAAGUUAGGACACCGACCAGUUCAUGAAAGUCUGCAUGUUAACACAAACGAAGGAAACUAAUUUUAAUAUUAAAUAGGCAAGAAGAAUGGCAACCAUGGAGGAACCGAAAGGAGAUUAUUAUAAAGCAAAGUACCAGGAGCUGUUAAUGGAGAAAGACAAAAUUGAGCAUGAGUUUGGCCUUAAAAGAGCCAAAUUUAGAUCAAUGUUUUUAGAAUGUGAAGCAUCGCUUAAAGAGGAAAAACUGAAAAGUGAAAGCGCAGUACAAAGGGUAAAAGAUCUUGAAGAAGAGAUUGCUAGCUUAAGGGCCAGUGUAGAAAGUGUCCAAACAGCUGCAAAAUUAUCAUAUGAAACAAGAGAUGAAGAAUUAGCUGCAAUGAAAGUGAAACAUGUUGAAGAACUUGCUUCAAUGGAGCACAUAUGGAAAGAAGCUGUAAAUGAAGCAAGGGGAACAACUGCUAAGCAUUUUGAUGAAGAAAAUAAAAGACUUAUUGCUGCAAACCAGAAGCUUGAGCAACAAAUUAAAGCCAUGAAGUCGGAGGAGAAAUCAGAGGGUAUAAUGUCCAUGGUUUCACAAGCGAUAAAAAGAGGGGCCGGUGCACCUCCAGCACAAGAUACAAAGGCAGAGAAUAAAGAUGACGAGCUUUCUGACACUUUGAAACAGGCACAAGAAAGUGUAAAGGCUUGGCGAUCAAUAGUUUUGCCCCUCGAAGAGGAAAUACAGGCAUUGAAAUAUAAGCUUAAAGAUGCCAACCAGAGGCUUAAAAUAUUUGAAGCAAAGGCUGCUAAAACCGCAAUAGAAGGUGAAACCUCCACAGAGGCUUUAGUCAGUAAAGUACAAGAGCUACAGACCUAUUUAGAUGCAGAGCGCUCCUCGCGGACCGAUCUAGAGAUGUUUGUUGCUGUAUUAAAUACCCAAAAAGGCGUACUUCAAGAAGACGCAGACAAAUUAAGAAGCGAAUUACAUCAUGUUUGCAGGCUGUUAGAGCAAGAAAAGACAGACCAUAAGGACCUGAAAGAGACUUGGAGGAAAGCAAACGAGCAGUUUUUAGAACAACACAUGGCCCUCUCUUGGGAAAUCGAAAAGAUGCGCGAGCUUCUAACACCAGCACAGAAUGAGCGUCUCUCAAAGGAAUACCGCCAAAUGCAAGCCCGACCGGCGCAUGCUGUAAAAACACCUACCGGACAUUCCCAGGCGGCCGGGAAUUCAAAUGACGACCUCAUUAACUUUGAUGAUAGCCCUAAGAAAGACAAAAUUUUGAGGCAGAGUAGUGUAGAUCCAAACGACGUUCAUCUUAUUGAGAAGAUACAAUCUUCGACACCUUCAAGUAAUGGAAGCGUUGAUAGUCCUGAUUCAUCACCAUCUAAAGUUUCAAUGAAUCGCUUUGGAAGCUUGGAAGAAGGGGAGGAAUUACAGGAAGAUAUCGACGGAGUGAAGCAGGACAAAGAGCAUAUGAUGAGAAAGUCUGCAUCAAGCUCGGAUAUAUCCAAUGAAAAAGGCAUACGUAUUCCAUCGCCGGCUGGCAAAUCUUUGUCUCAAGGCGACGUCUCUGCAGUUAUUUCUGCAUCAGGGGAAGAUGCUUGGGCAGUCAUUUCAUCCCCAACAGUAGCCGAAUUAGAGAAGAAAUUACAUUUGAACGAGACUGGAUGGAGUACAAUGAAAGAGUCUUUGACAACACAUCCAGCUUGUAUGAUGUGCCAAAACUACGAAAAGCAGUUGCAACGGUUGCAGAGAGAACAUCUUGAUUUAAAGGACAAAAAAGAUGCAUUAAUGACUUUCGCAAAGAAGGAAAAGCUGGAAUUACGUGCAGAGAAGGAAAAAGUUGACAAGCUGGAAAAAAGUAUUUGUAAAGCCUCUGAAGAUGCCCAAAAUCAGAUUCAUCUACACGCCGAAAAGGAAAAUGAGCAACAGAAAAUCUUUGACGAAAUCCAAAACGAUUUCUUGUCGCUACAAGAAGAUGUUCAUUUCAAAUUGCUACAACUUUCUGAAGAUCGAGAUAAAAUGAUGAGCGAGUUGGACUCACUGCGCGAAGAAAAUGCAAAUCUAAAAGCAAUCCAGGAAACGUUAAGAGACGAUCAACAACUCACAAUGGCUUCAAAAAGUGAAGCUGAUCCUCAAGUUGUCAAAGACAAGAUGGAACAAUUGCAACUCAAUGCCACGAUAAACGAGCAGCAGCUACGGAGUGAGAUAAUGUUCUUAAAAGACCGUGUAAUGGCAGAGCAGUUCGAUAAAGAAAGUACCGAGAAGAUAUUGCAGUCAGAUCUGGACCAAGCUCGACAAGAAAUAGCUAUGCUAAAAGAGCAGCUUUCAAUUCAAGACACCGGAAAACGAAAAGAGGUUGCUGAAGAUGAAAACCAACCCUGACCACCUUAAAGAGUUGAAAUUGACUGUAUGCAAGACAUUCCAGUAUAGUGCUCAAUGAUAAAUUAUUACCUAAGUCUAUUUUCUUUAACUACGUUUGUAGAUGGGGACAACAGGCUGUUUGUUGUCAAUAAAGCUAUUGUCUGUUAAAUAGAUGACAUUUUACGCUUAUUAUUGCAGAAUGGCUCAAACGAUAUCUUCACGACUAUGAUAACUAAGGGGAAUGACAAACGAUCAUUUUGUUUUAUGUACAUGUUUAUUUGUUCGAUUCAUUAUUUGAAAGACGACGACAAAGUAACUGAGGUGUAGUUGCAGACAGAGACUCGCAAAGGAACAAAAUGAUGAAAUACAGCUUGUUAUUUUCUAGCUGUAAAUGUAAAAAUUAAACGAAGCUUGGCUUUACACUGAUCCUCCUUUUAUGUAUCUUAUCUCUUUUUAUGUCUUGAUAACUGAUAAAUGAUGCAUAAAAUCAUAUUCCAAAACUACUUUGUACCUCAAGUGGCGUUGGUUAUAAUCUGUUGACAGCUAGUAGUAAGUAGUGCAGUAUGUAUCAGCUGCAUCGAUUGAUCUGAUACCAGUUCGUUGGCUUAGCCUUCCUUUACUAAAUCUAUGAAUUUGAUUCCAUUCAUUAUCCGCAUAACAUAGUAUUUCAAAUUGAUUCGUGUUAUCAAACCAAAUAUGAAAUUGUAGAAUCAGAUACUAAAACCUGUCAGAGCUACUUUUAUUUUUAUUUCGUUUUAGACAGAUUUAGUAAUGCUUUAUAUAGAAUUUACUCUAAA